AUGCCUCCCACAUCCCUCGAAAUCAGCAUCCCCACAACUAGCAUCUCCGCAACCCAACCCCCCUACACCCUCUACAACAUCACCCUCCGCCUUCCCCUCCGCUCAUUCACCAUCUCCAAGCGCUACUCCGAAUUCACCACCUUCCACAACACCCUAGUUUCGCAAACAAACCUCCCACCACCCGCCCCUCUCCCGCCCAAAUCCUGGUUCCAGAAUACCAUCAACAACGCCACCCUCCGCGAAUCCCGCCGCGAAGCACUAGAAGCCUACCUCCGCGCUAUCAACGAAAGCGAAGAUCCCCGAUGGCGCAACAGUCCCGCGUGGCGGGCGUUCCUCAAUCUUCCUAGUUUGCCUUCGAAUAAUAAUAAUAACAAUGGCGGGGCAAGUACACGGCUCCACGCGGCAAUCACCGACCCCGGCGACUCGGAAGGCGGAGGCAUCACGGACCCGAUCCUCUGGCUCGAUUGCUUCAGGGAUAUGAAGGGGCAUUUACACGAUGCGAGACUUUAUCUUACGAGACGGGACCAGGAGACCACGCCGCAGCGACAGCAUGAGAGUUCGGCGAGGGCGAAGAGCGAGCUUGUUAGGGCCGGGGGGUUGAUUGCGAGUUUGGAGAGUGGGUUGAGGAAUUUGAGUAACUCUUCUUCUGGAGGUGGAGAGGAAAAUAAUGCAGGGUCAAGACCAGGAAGUAAACUCGGGCGCAGGAACACAGCCACGACCGCCACGGCAUGGAGUGUUAGUGGGAACAACACGCUCGGGGAAGGAGAGAUGCGACGACGGAAGGAUCUGCUCAUCAAUGCGAGGAAGGAGAAAGAUGGACUGGAGGAUCUGUUGAAUGCGAUGGCGGCGAAGAGUCGGAUUGAUAGUGCGGUGGCGUCGAUUCAGGAUAAGGAGGCGUUGAUGGGGACGCAGGGGGGCAAGAAGGCGAUUCGGUCGUCAGGGAGAGUGUUGGGGAGGGAGACGGAGAGGACGCGCGAGUUGGAUAAUAGUGGGGUGGUACAGUUGCAGAAGCAGAUGAUGGAGGAUCAGGAUGUCGCGGUGGAUGAGUUGAUGAGGAUUGUCAAUCGGCAGAAGGAGUUGGGGAUUGCAAUUAACAAUGAGUUGCAGGUGCAGAAUGAGUUAUUGAAUUUGGCAGAUGAGGAUGCUACGAGGUUGGGUGGGAAGAUUGAUAUUGGGAAGAAGAGGAUUGGGAGAAUAUCUUGA